ACAAUAACUGUAUGAAACAUUCCCGCAGAAAGGAGUGGAAAAGCGAGAGACAGAAUCAAUCAAUUCGUGAUCAGAGAUGUAACAUUACGUUCUCUCUGAAACCAACGGAUCCAGAUUUCGAUUACGACUUUGUUUUCCUUUCAGUGGCCGUAGAAGAUGGCAGAGGGACAAUCGAGGUACGUUAAGUUGACGAAGGAUCGAGGGCAAUUGCAGGAUAUCACUCCCGGCGAGCUUAAUCAAGCCGUUGAGGUUCCAUCGUUAAACGUUCAUAGGUGCCAAGAAUGUGGACAAGUCCUUCCUGAAAGUUAUGAACCCCCAGCAGAUGAAGAUUGGACAACUGGAAUCUGUGGUUGUGUAGAAGAUGCUGAAAGUUGCUGGACUGGAUUAUUCUGCCCAUGUGUUCUAUUUGGGCGUAAUGUUGAAGCAAUGAGAGAUGACAUUCCUUGGACGAAUGCUUGUGUUUGCCACGCUAUGUGUGUAGAAGGAGGAAUGGCAGUUGCAGCUGCAACAGCAUUUAUCAAUGGUAUUGAUCCUGACACAUCAUUUCUCAUUGUUGAAAGCCUGCUUUUCAUGUGGUGGAUGUGUGGCAUUUAUACUGGUCUAUUUCGGCAAUCUUUACAGAAGAAAUAUCAUCUCAAGAAUUCACCUUGUGAUCCCUGCCUGGUGCAUUGCUGCCUGCAUUGGUGUGCCAUAUGUCAGGAACAUCGGGAGAUGAGGAGCCAUCUAUCACACGAUUCUUCUGAAACCGUUACUAAUCCGCCACCAGUUCAACAGAUGAAUUCUGGUGAGAACAAGGAGUCUGCAACAUCUGUACCAUCUGCUGCAAAUACUGGGCACAGCAACUUGGAAUUGCAGCCUAUAUAGGAAUUUGCCAUUUACUGAGGUCUUGUUCUUAGUAGCAAUAAAGUGCAAAUUGGCUUGGGCACCAGUUAGCAAGUAACAAUUUUAUGAUAGGGUCAUGAUAUGUACAAUACAACUUAGCAUGAAAUUUUAUUUCCUGCAAAUGAUGUUCCAUCUCAUUUGCACUCUAUCCAAUUAAAUGA